CUAUUUUCAAAAAAAAAAAAAGACUUUUACAUGAAGAUUGAUUCAUCAGACAUGGUCCCCAUGAAACAUGAAAACAUCUCUCUAUGGGCGCAAAAGAAGGUCAAAAAGCUUCAAUUCCCCAAAAGCUUCUUCUUUUGGAGACAGCAUUCACACCAUAUCUCCAAUUCUCUACCAAGAAUGAAAAUAGUAACUAAGAUACUACUACUAAUUGCUAGAAUAAACACAUUCUAUUGAUUCAAACCAGAAAAAAAAUUGGUUAUUUUCAUGCCACAAAGGAUUAUGAUUCCCUUUUACAAACAAAAAAAAAAAAAAAAAAGGAAAAGAAAAAAGAAGAAACGGAGAUUUGCUUCCCAGAUUCUAUAAUGAAGAUGAUAUCCAUGGCUCAUUUUCAUGCUGACGUUUUGUGAAGCAUAUAUGUUUGUGAGAGUCUAAUCUGAUUCAAUGACUGCUGCCAUACGUAAUGAAGCCUAUUUAACUCUUUCUGCCAAUCUUUCUAGUCAACUGUUUCUUCAUGUGUUAAUCAGCUAGCAUCCCCAUGAGAAAAAGUAGCAUAUUAUGGAAAAGUUUUGAUGGGAAAUAAUUAUAAACGUAACAAUAAAUAUUCAACAUCAAAUGGUUUGCAUUCACUAAAUUCAUACAUAGGGAAUUAGUAGUAGUACUAAAGAAAGCAAAAACACCAGGAAUAGCUACCUUUAAUUAAUGAUGUCCUGAAUGUUCCAAAACAUGGAGGAGCAAUGCAUUUCCCACAUUGAUGAUGGUGAAAUGCACCCACCCAUUCAUGUAUCUAACUCUCUUGACUCUGAUUAUUAAACAUAGUCAACAUGAAAUCUAACACAAAGCAACAGCUAAUUCGAUAAACCUAAAAUGGAAGAUUCCGAAAAUAUUAAUUAAGGUUUUAGUUUUGAGAUAAGGAGAUAGAAAGCUUAGGGCAUCUGGAUUUCUAGUAGCCAGAACAGCCUUUACGGACCUUUUUUCUUUACAAGAGCUGUCAAAUAUUGCCUAGUGUAAAAAGCCACUCAACAUAUUCAUCAAUCUGUUAAUUAUUCGGAGUGUAUAUAUAACAAGUGGAAAAAAUCAACAAAAGAUCUCCUUUUAUUCAAAAUUAUUACUUUACCAGAUAACUUUCAAAA